AUGGACUACAACUCUGAAGAGUCAGAUAUCAGUGAGUCUGAGAUUGAAGAGUAUUCUGAGAAACCUUACGAACAGUUAAAGGCUGGGAAAUACAAAGUUCGGAUUUUCAAUGGCACUCUAAGGUGCCCAUAUUGUUCUGGAAAAAAGAAGCAGGAAUUCAAAUAUAAAGACUUGUUGCAACACGCAACUGGAGUAGGCAAAGGUUCAGCAAACAGAAGCGCAAUGCAAAAGGCGAAACAUCUUGCUCUGGCAAAGUAUUUGCAGACCGACUUAGUUAAUGAAGCAGAACAAGUACCUCCCCCAACUGUGACCCAAACUGCCAUUCAACCUGUCCAGCAAGCUGAAAAUUAUGUUUGGCCAUGGACAGGCAUAAUUGUUAACAUAAAGAGCGAAUUUCAUGAUUCUGGAUACUGGCUAAAGGAAUUUGUCAAGUACAAACCAUUGGAUGUACAUGUAUUCAUGAUGGAUGGUGUUGCUCAGGCUGUAAUAGACUUCAACAAUGACUGGCAUGGUUUCAUGAAUGCAUGUGAAUUUGAAAAAUCCUUGGAAACUAAACAUCAUGGAAAAAGGGAUUGGAAUCCGAUGGACUUGCAGGCCAGUUCAGACAUUUAUGGAUGGCUUGCACGUGAAGAUGAUUUUUAUGGUGGAGGGUCAAUUGGGGAGUACCUUCGCAACAAAGGAAGGCUGAGAACAAUUUCAGAUAUUGUACAAGAAGCAUCUGAAAACAGAAGCAGCAUUGUGGAAAACCUGGCUAAUGAAAUUGAUAUUACAAAUGAAAACCUCAACAAAAUGCAGUAUAAGUAUAAUGAGAAAACAAUGACCUUAAGUAGGAUGCUGGAGGAGAAAGACAAGCUUCACAAUGCUUUUGUUGAAGAGCCGAAGACAAUCCAAACCCGUUCCGGAAACGAUAUCUUCACCUGCAAAUCAUAA